AUGAGCCUUCUCGAUAUUAACGACUGCGAUGGGGAUGAUUUUCAUCCAAGUUCCUUUAAUAUUGAUAUCGUCUUCGUGCACGGAUUACGUGAAGCCGGACUCGACGCGUGGAAAGACGUACAUACAGGCAGCUUGUGGAUGACUAGUAUCUUCCCGCAUGCUAGACACAAGGCGCGAACGCUCGUAUACGAAUAUGAUGUCAACAGAAUGGUUACUCCGGGUGGUCCGGCCGCGACAGGAAUCUACGACGAAGCUGUAUCGCUAGCUAAUGUCCUUGUCGCUAACCGGGAGCUGCAAAAUGCUGAGCGGAGACCCAUAAUAUUCUUUUGCCAUGAAUUGGGUGGGUUGAUUGUUAAGCGUGCCCUUGCUUUUUCACACUCGCGCAAGCACGCGAAACUUACACACAUCCGGUCAAUCUAUCGUUCUACUGUGGCCGUCAUGUUCAUGGCAACACCGCAUCAAGGUCUUCGGAAAGAUGCUAUUAUCCGCUGGAAUCAUGAUAAGAAGCGCGAUCCGAGCCAGUUUGAGCUAAGCCUAUUAGAAGGAUCUGACACGAUACAGGAAGUUACAGACCAUUUUACGCCGAUAAUGAAGGAUUUUCAAUUGUAUAAUUUUUGGGAACAGAAAAAAACAGAUUUUGAACAGACUUCAGCUUAUAUUGUGGAAAGAAACUCGGCGGCACCGAGCUGGCCGGACGUGGAUCAAUGCGGAAUCAACGCAACGCACUCUGCCAUGGUGAAGUUUAGCUCAACGAAGUCGCCCGGUUAUACUCUAGUUUUGGGGUCAAUCGAGAAAUAUAUUCGAUCAGCACCACAAACAGUGAGGAUUCGCUGGGAACAAGAUUCCGCGCUCUUGAAUAGUGAGCGAGCAUUCGAUAUAGGAGGCCUCUUGGAGGCUAGCGUUGCCGGAAAGACGCUUAUCACGGCGGCUGAGCCGGAUCGUUGGAAGUCUGAACCUAAUAUCUCGACCAUUCCCAACAACACGUCCACAAGUGAGAAUGUAUAUUACCACGUCGGCCUACAUUCGGACUAUUUUGUUGGCCGCGAAUCACAAGCUGAGUUACUUUUGCAUGCAUUCAAACCAACUGAGGACACUGGAAGCGAAAAACCGAAGGUGUUUGUUGUUUAUGGACUUCCUGGUUCUGGAAAAACACAAUUUUCUCUGAGAUACUUAGAAGAUCAUCAGCGGCAUUACUGGGGAGUCUUUUGGAUAGAUUGCAGCACGAAAGAAACUGCAGAAUCUGGGUUUGGUCGGCUAGGUCAGCUAGCAGGAAAGGGAAACGAACGCGGUGCUGGUAUAGCUUGGUUAGCACAAACCUACAAACCGUGGUUUGUUGUCCUAGACAAUGCAAAUGACCCCCAAAUGACACUCUCCGAGUUCAUUCCUUCAACUGGCAAUGGCAAUAUUUUAAUAACAACUAGGAACCCAGGAGCACGCCUAUACAACACAGUGGGUUAUCUCGAAUUUCGAGGCCUGAACCCCGAAGAUGCUAUUACGCUUCUGCUACGCUUAGCAUAUCCGGACAAAGAGUUGCAGGACACAAAACAACUCUAUAGCAUAGGUGCUAAAUCUAUUGUGUCAGAGCUCGGAUAUCUAGCACUGGCUGUAAAGCACGCCGCUUUCACUAUCCGCUCUCGCAUGCGCCCGCUUGAGUUUUAUCUCAAAUCCCUAUUGACCUGCCGAACAACACUAUUGAGUCGCCCAAUAGUCGAAAGUGCCGCAGAUGCCAACAUCAUUGCGACCUGGGAGCUGCCGUUUGGAGAAAUCUCAAGCCAUCGCUCUACCGAUUAUCGCGACGCUGUUGACUUGAUCCACAUAUUCGCCUUUCUGCACUUCGCAACAAUACCGUGCGCUAUACUCUCACUCUGUUCAGACGGUAUCAAGUCGUCCACAGGACUGGCAGCGUGCCCUUCGUUUUUGAUUGACCCCGUAGCGAAGUAUCAAGUGGAGGAGAGAAUCCUGGUUGCAGCCCGCGUGCUCUAUAAUCACUCAAUUAUUUCCAUCCAUGACGUGGACGCAGGCACAUGCAAUACAGCGCUUUUGUCCGGUAAAUACUUUACCCUUCAUCCAGCAAUUCACGAAUGGGCACGGGGCCGGCUUCGAAAAUGCGACCAGCUGAAGUGGCUUUGCUGCACGGCCGCGAUACUUGAGCAUGCUAUCUCUUCAAACAUGGAGCCGUCAGGCAGGAUGUUCCGCCGCCUCCUGCUUCCACAUAUUGAGUCCUGUCGGUCUUUACUCAAGAGCGCUUAUCCAAACCUACCAGAAACCGCGGAACAGGCUUCCCAGCUAGAAAAGUUCGGCCUUGUAUACAGUGAGGCGGGGCAUUGGGAAACAGCACGCAUAUUACAGAAACAAGUUCUAGCAUAUCGUCUCAGAACGCUAAAACAGUAUCAUCCAUUAACGAUACAAGCGGGAAGAAACCUAGCGCACACGUAUUGGAAUCUCUUUGAAAUCGAACACUGCCUAAACCUUUUGAACGACAUCCGGAAAAGCCAAGUUAUAUAUAGGCCCUCAUUCUUUGACUACUUUGUAUGGCCGCCGCUGAAGCCGUGUUAUUUUGAGUAUUAUCUUACUCUAGAUGAUUUGCAUAAAUCGUUGUGGCUCUCUGGGGAGCGAGACUUAUCUCUGACAGUUGGUUUACGAGCAACAAAUGGCCUGAAAGAGCUGCUAGGACCGGAAGACCCAGUCACUGUAAACGCCAUGUUCAAUCUAGCUCGGACUUUUUUGCACCUGGGUCGAUACGAAGAGAGUUUUGAGCUAUUAGAGCAUGUUAUCAAGGUUAGGAAGCGAUUUUGGGGUCCAGAACAUCCCGAUACAUUAAUGGCUCGCAAUGAACUUGGCAUGAAUCUGUAUGCGCAAGGAAAAGAUCUGCUAAAAGCGGAGCAACUCGUGCAUUCGGUACUUCAAUCACGGAAUCGCAUAUUGGGGGCUGAACAUGCCUAUACGCUGUGGUCAGUGAAUGACCUUUCCAAGAUAUGGACGCAGUUGGAACGCUAUGAUGGUGCUAUUCAAAUAUUGGAAGAAAUCUUGCCCAUUGUAGCGCGGACAUUGGGGCAGCAUCAUAUCGGGAUGGUGAUGACAAGAUCGAAUCUCUCGCGGGCCUACAUUCGUUCCGGUAGGCUGGAAAAGGCCAAAAAAGAAAUUAUUUAUAUACGUGAGCAGGUUCCACAGAACCACCCCGACUCUAUAUAUGCCGACUACGGAUGGGCGUAUCUUCUCUUCCAUCACGACAAGAAUCCGGAGCUAGCUGUAAAAUGUUGCUAUGAAGCUCUUGAUAGGGGCUUAGAAAGCCUUUUGUUAAGACCGGAACACGGCACAAUCGCAUCUCUUACAACGCUACUGCUUCAAAUAUACGAAUUUCAAGGUCAUGAAGACGCUAACGAGUCAUUGAGGCUGAAGUUUCCUCAGUUGAAAGGAUCUCGAGAUCCAGAAUCUAUUGACUUUAAUCUACUACAGCCACCGAGAUCUACUAAUCCGCCGGCAGCGGUCGAACAAGAAUCCCUGCCACCAGUUAACCAUCAGCCGCUACAGGAAGAACAGCCCAGGCUGAAUCGGGCACCAAGAACUUGGUAG